AUGGAAACGCCACGUAUGCGCACUUCAUUCUGCAGCUCUGCACCAGCCCAACACUCCCACUUGAUGCUGGAUGGAGGAAGGAGCAGUGAAGGAGGAGAGGAGGAUGAGGGAAGGAAGUGGGAAGGAGGAGGGGAGGAUGAGGGAAGGAAGUGGGAAGGAGGAGAAAGGAAGAGGGAAGCCUCUCCUUUUUCCGCCUCUCCCUUUUCCGCGUCUCCCCUUUCCGCCUCUCCCCUUUCUGCCUCUCCCCUUUCCGUCUCUCCCUUUUCCGCCUCUCCCCUUUCCGCCUCUCCCCUUUCCGCCUCUCCCCUUUCCGCCUCUCCCCUUUCCGCCCUUUCCCCCCUCUCCCCUUUCCGCCUCUCCCCUUUCCGCCUCUCCCCUUUCCGCCUCUCCCGUUUCCACCUCUCCCCUUUCCGCCUCUCCCUUUUCCGUGGCAUGCUAUACAACGGUAUCAAGGCGAAGGGCAGUUUCAGUGAGGGGAAGUGUCACUUUCUGACUCCCCUUCCUUUUCCACUCGCCUCAAAAGCCCUCCCCUCCCCUCCCAUCUCCACUUCCACUAAACCCCCCUCGCUACCCCACCCAGGAGGCAUGCUAUAUGACGGGUUCAAGGCGGAGGGCAGCUACAGUGAGCAGCAGGCGGCCGGCAUGGUGCGGCAGAUAGUGCGGGCGGUGCGCGGCCGGCAUGGUGCGGCAGAUAGUUUGUACGUGUUGGUCCUCAAUGCGCCUUGUAAGGGCAGUGGGGGGAGUGGUGCAUCGGGAUCUCAAGCUCGAAAACCUCCUGCUGCUGGGGGAGAGGAUGCACCCCGGGGAGGAUGCACCCCGGGGAGGAUGCACCCCGGGGAGGAUGCACCCCUCUUGGCCAUUGACUUUGGCCUUUCAACAUUCUUCAGUGCAGUGAGCAAUGCAGUGGUGCCGCAUACUUGGAGCGACGCACCCCUCUUGGCCAUUGGCUUUGAUCUUUCCACGAUCUUUAAGCCGGGGCAGCGCUUUAAGAAGGUGGUUGGCAGUGCGUACUAUGUGGCACCAGAGGCGCUCAGGAGGGACUACGGCAGCGAGUGUGACGUGUGGAGCAUUGGAGGUGUGGUGUGUGCCACUGUGGAGCAUUGGUUGGAGUAA